CCUAGGCGCGCUCCCGCAUUUGAAUACCGGCUUGAGCCGGUAUAAAAAAGCUAUGAAUGAAACCAGGGAUAAAAACGGCGUAUUUUGCGGUGGAAGCAGAUACACGACAAACAACUGGAUUUGAAGUUGGAGAAAUGUCCGGUCGCCCUAAACCAGUGAUGAUUAAUAGCUACUGAACGUGCAUCAGAAACAUUAAAUUAUUUCGCAUUAUAUUUAUCUUCUAGCAUCCUAUUGGAACCAAAACAGUUAAUUUAUGUAUCUUUAGUAAGGUAAUGGAUAGAAAGUCCGAAUCUUGCUAGCGAACUUAGCUAGCUAAAUAUAAGGAUUUUUUUUUUACUUUAUCAACGUGAACCAAGAUUGUUCAGGCAUCAUCUUUGAUUGCCAUGAUAGGGUGGAUGUUUAAAGUGAAGGGUUACCUGGGACCCAACGUAUACCCCGAGGUUCCAGAUGGAGGCUGGGGCUGGGUGGUGGCUGUGGCCUUCUUUUUCGUGGAGGUGUUCACCUAUGGUGUCAUCAAGAGUUUUGGCAUCUUUCUGCAAGACCUCAUGAGCCACUUUGGAGAGAGCAACAGCCGUGUUUCCUGGAUCGUCUCCAUCUGCGUCUUUGUUAUGACCUUCACAGCUCCCCUCUCCUCUGUGAUGAGUAACCGCUUUGGUUACCAGCCAGUCGUCAUGCUGGGAGGAUUCCUUAUCAGUUUUGGCACCAUCACAGCUGCCUUCGCCAACUCAGUCAAUGAGAUGUACAUCACCAUUGGAAUCAUCUCAGGCCUGGGGUAUUGCCUCACUUUCCUGCCAACUGUUACCAUCCUCUCCCAGUACUUCUGCAAGCGGCGCUCCCUUGUCACCGCCGUUGCCUCCACAGGAGAAUCGUUCUCCCUAUUUGCCUUUGCCCCAGCCUUCACUGCUCUGAAGGAUUGCAUUGGCUGGAGACAUUGCCUGGUGGUGAUUGGAGUACUCCAGGCUAGUAUCAUUGUCUGCGGGGCCCUGCUUCGGCCCAUUGUCAUAAAGCCCAAGCCUCUGAAGGAGAAGGACUCCAAAGGGCCCUCGCCUAAACAGCUGGAGACCACAUACAUGCUGGAGAAUGAACAAACACGUACUUCUCUCAGCUCUGAAGACUCAGGUGUGCAGUCUCUUUCUACCUCAUUGAACAACAUGGCUGAGCCGGGAGAACGGAAAUCCGCCGAAAAGAAGGCCCUGAUGAAGGGGGCAUGUCCCCAGACUCCACAGAAGCAGGAAGUGAAAGAGGAGGUAGUACCCCCCUUGGCCCAGCCUAAGCUCUUGGACUUCUCCGUGCUGAAGGACUGCAGCUUUAUUUGUUACUCGCUGUUCGGCCUCUUUGCCACGCUGGCCUUCUUCGCCCCACAGUUGUACGUCAUCGAGCUGAGUGUGAGCAGGGGUAUCGACAGGGACAAGGCAGCUUACAUGCUGUCCAUCAUGGCAGUCACUGAGAUCUUUGGACGCCUGUCCAUCGGCUGGGUCCUCAACAAGAAGCCCAUCCGUAAAAUCUAUAUCCUAUUGAUCUGUGCGAUGCUGCUGUGCCUGGUGUUGGUGGUCUUCACUUUUGUCACAGACUUCUGGGGGCUUAGCACCUGUUGUGUGCUGUAUGGCUUCCUGCUGGGCACUGUGGCAUCCACACACAUCCCCAUGCUAGCAGAGGAAGAUGUGGUGGGCAUAGACAGGAUGUCCUCAGCAGUGGGUGUCUAUGUCUGCAUCCAGAGCUUUGCAGGGUUGGCUGGCCCUCCCUUGGGAGGUUUCUUGGUGGACAUCACUCAGAAUUAUGGGUCUGCAUUUUACUCUUGUGCUGUGGGAAUGGCCCUGGGGACUCUUUUUCUGGGGUUUGUGCGCCCAGCAAAGACCGGCCUGUGCUGCACAAAGAGGAAAUGCCAGCAGCAGGAGAGCCCUACAGCACAUUGUGGGCAAAACUCAUCUGAAGACAAAGAAGCUCCUGAGGACUUCCUGGAGGUGGACCUCACGCUGGAGACAAGUCCUGCCAAACAACAGCCAGACGGCAGCGUAGUUUGAUAAAUAUAUGUAAAAGACGAGCAUAGAACAACACCUAAAGACUCAAAGCAUGGUGAAGCUGGCAAGCACAUCACAUAAAAGACCAGCCAAACAGACC